AUGCAACGACCGAACGGGGCUCCACGUAAAGCACGUCGAACAGGAAGCGGUCACAACACCCGUUCGCUGUACCGCCUCCAUACACGGCUCUCCAUGGUUGCCGGCGGGGGAACCUCCACGUCGCCGACAUGCUCCUCCUCCCUCCUCCUCCUCCUCCUCCUCCUCUCUUCGCUAACAUCUCCAUCAUCAGUCCAAGGUGGCCAUGACGGUGGAGAGGAGGCCAAGGGGAAUGAGAUGCGGCACGAGAGAGCAGAGCAGCAGCAGCAGCAGGGGCCGCAGCCGGUGGAGAGGGCCAUCGGCCUCACUAGAUCUGCAAGCCGGUGGGAUACCAUCAGGACAUGGGCCAAGCUUGCCUGCAUGAAUCUUCGGCCACCUGAUUCAACGGAAAGAUAUGGAAGGGGUGAGUCGAGUGCAUGGGAAGUGGUGAAAGAAGCAGCGUCGAGGAGCUUCGAGACGAGCAAAGGGGCAGUGGAGCACGCGGCGGAGUCGGCGGCGAAGGUCGCAGAGAAGGCGGCUCACAAGACCAAGGAGAAGGCGAAAAGGACUGUGUCGAAGCCUAGUGGGAAACCUGAUGCAGAGCUUUAGAUCGAUGCUUACAGCCGUCUACUUGUGUCGCGGAUUCUUCCUUCUUCACUAGCUUUCAGGUGGUGGUCUCCAUAGCUCAUCUUCUCCCACUGUGUACGUGCGGAAAGAAUGGUUUCGAUAGUCUUCUUUUCCUUUUUUGCACUUCUCUGCUGGCAGUGAAUUACCUAUGCGUCUUUAUGUGAUCCUUCGUCUCAAAUCUUCUAUCUAUUCAUUAUUGUUUGUAACACAUUUGAUGAGUAUAAGAAGGUUGACGAGAGUUUACCUCA